AUGUCUAGAAUAGACAUCACCGACAUCAACAUCGGUCUAAAAAUUGAUGGGAGUCCAAAUAUUGGAUCACAACAAGGAAGUUGUUCAAAAGGAGGACUUGAAAAUGUGCUGGAAUUGACAGCUGUUAAAAAGAAAUUGGAUCUCAAUGAAUCUCCUAGAGGGGAAGAUGCUGAGAAUAAUUUUCAGGAAGUUGAUGAUGAAGAGAAGAACAAGGAUAAAGAAAAAGAUGUUGCUGAAUUAAAGAGCAGUGGUGAAGAGAAAGGAGUUGAGUAUCUUGUAGUUGAGGACAAGGAUGUGGAAGUGGCUGAGGAAAAUGAAGGUAUUCUAUGGGAGUUAGCAAUUGGAACCCCAACCAACAUUGUUGCUCAUGCAACAGUUGACUUUGUCACUGCUGUUCUUCAUGGGAAGCCACUUGGAGGAGAUAACGUACGAGUAUCAAUUACUCGUGUUAUCCAGGGAGCUGCUGAGAUCCCAUUCCCAAUUGACGAUGAAAUCAUCACAGUAGAUCAAGCUGUUGGAACUUUCAUUGCAUGGCCGAAAAACAUGUUACUGGAAGUGAAGGCAAACAGUGAUCGGGUGAAGUCUCGAGCAGUGAAGGGAGGCAAGAAGAAUGGCCCAAGAAAAAUGAAGAAGGUGAAUGACUUGGUCUCGGAACCAGAGCCAGUGGCGUUCAAGUUAUCCGAAGAAGCUUUUGGAUCAUCGGAUAAAAAGUGUUUGUUUAAAUCCGACAUAAGUGCUGUGUGCUUUGGAGGUGAAAUAUCAGGAACUGUCAUUUGCAUGUUUAUCAAUAUACUCCAGGAAAAUUUAAGAAAGCACAAAAUGACAGACAUGAUAUCUUUUGUUGAUCCAGCCAAGAUUGGGGCUCUUGGUUGUGGUACUCCAGCAGCGAGGUCACGCGCCCUUGCUCUCAGAUUCAAAAGUGCUAAGCCAUCCCAAGUCUUUCUUUUGCCAUAUCACCACACGAACCACUGGGCACUUACUGUUGUAAAUCCCGAUGCACAAAUGGUUUAUCACUUGGACCCGUUAAAGCGGAGAAUUGCAAAUGAAGAAUGGAUUGAAGUUGUUAACAAUGGCAUAAAAAUUUACAAGGAGGAUGUGAAGAGGUUUCUGAAGAAGAAAAUAAAUUGGGAGAAUUUAGCGGGUGUUCCUGCCCAGAUUGGGACCACUGAUUGUGGUCUUUUUGUGAUGCUUUAUAUGAGAGAAAUAUGUAUAGACAAGGAACUCAAGUUUGCGUCCAAGUGGGCGCGGAGGAGCAAUCUUGUCUUUGAUAGCGAUGAUCUCAAUGAGAUCAGGAGUGCCUGGGCAAAGUACUUCAUGAGGCAGCAUGCUAGUUAG